UGAUGAAGCAGGAGGGGUCUGGUGACAUUAUUUUGACAUGAUUGGCUGAGGAUCAUGAUGUAAUAGGUUACAGUGCAGCCCCUUAUAGGUUUUAAAAUGAAUUCCAAGACACCAUUACAAAGAGAGCCUGACUCUUUUCUUAUAUCUGUGCUUACUCUGUGAAACUCAUACAAAUGUACAAUACUGUUUGGAAUAUGGAAGAGCUGGAUAUAGACUAUCCUAAGACAGAUAUAAAUUGUGGCACAGACUUGAUGUUUUACAUAGAAAUGGAUCCACCAGCACUGCCUCCUAAGCCACCAAAACCUAAUACUGUGACUAACAACAGUAUGAAUAACAACAUGUCAUUACAAGAUGCUGAAUGGUACUGGGGAGAUAUCUCAAGGGAAGAAGUAAAUGAGAAGCUUCGAGAUACUGCUGAUGGUACCUUUUUGGUACGAGAUGCUUCAACCAAAAUGCAUGGGGAUUAUACCCUUACACUAAGGAAAGGAGGAAACAACAAAUUGAUCAAAAUAUUUCACCGAGAUGGGAAAUACGGCUUUUCUGACCCCUUAACUUUCAACUCUGUGGUCGAGCUAAUAAACCACUACCGGAAUGAAUCUCUAGCCCAGUAUAAUCCUAAACUGGAUGUAAAAUUACUGUAUCCAGUAUCUAAGUACCAGCAGGAUCAAGUAGUAAAAGAGGAUAGCAUUGAAGCAGUGGGAAAGAAAUUACAUGAAUAUAAUACCCAGUUCCAAGAAAAAAGCCGAGAAUAUGACAGACUCUAUGAAGACUAUACAAGAACAUCUCAGGAAAUUCAAAUGAAAAGAACAGCUAUUGAAGCAUUUAAUGAAACAAUAAAAAUAUUUGAAGAGCAAUGCCAGACACAAGAAAGAUACAGUAAGGAAUACAUUGAAAAAUUUAAACGUGAAGGAAAUGAGAAGGAAAUACAAAGAAUUAUGCACAACUAUGAAAAAUUGAAGUCUCGAAUAAGUGAAAUUGUGGACAGCCGACGUAGAUUAGAAGAGGAUUUGAAGAAGCAAGCAGCAGAAUAUAGAGAGAUAGACAAGCGUAUGAACAGCAUUAAACCAGACCUGAUACAGCUGAGGAAAACAAGAGACCAGUAUUUAAUGUGGCUGACUCAAAAAGGUGUUCGGCAGAAGAAGCUUAAUGAAUGGCUGGGCAAUGAAAAUACAGAAGAGUGAGUAUUAAAAGAUUUAAAUAUUCCUGGUAUUUCAAUUCAUCUUAUAUAAUAAUGAGAUAAAGCAUAUUUAAUUCCAAGACCACAAAGAGGAAAUCU